AUGUCGAGCGGAGGAACCCAUCGCUCCCCGAGCCCUGAAAAAGAAAACCCAGCUCGCAGCAUUAAAAAAGUUAAAACAACUGAAAUCAAGGUUACUAAUGAUGUUGAAGAUACGUUGAUGGAUCAGGAGAUUGAGGACGCAGAGUCGCCCAAACUUACUAAUUCAAUAGAAGAAAAAGCUUGCUCUCCCAAACUCUCGUACAAAGAGAAGCUAAUUGCAGGAGAAUGCCCAGAAUCUUCCUUCUCUCCCCAAGAGAUAAUAGAUCUGGUUAGCGAAGAGCUCAUAGUGGGUGAUUUUGAUAAAGGAAAACAAGUGGAGGAGAAGAGAGUCUUCGACCCCAGCCCAGUUGUUCCGAUUUCUCUGGAAGAAUAUGAGGAGUGGUGUCGACCAUGGAAGUUUUCACUGGUAAUCAAGCUCCUAGGCAAGAAGAUAGGAUUCAAAUGGAUGAACCAGAGGAUUCAUCAACUCUGGGCCCGCGAAGGAGAUAUGAAAGUUAUGGACCUAGCGGACGAUUAUUUCCUGGUACGUUUUGGAUCUGAGAAGGACUACGUCCAUGCCCUAUUCGAAGGGCCUUGGAUGAUUGCUGACCACUAUCUCCUGGUACAGAGGUGGAGACCAAUGUUUAAAGCGGAAGAUAGUGAAGUGAAGAAGAUUGCUGUCUGGAUUCAAUUACCAAAAUUGCCAGUGGAAUUGUAUAAGGAGAAAUUCCUAUGGAGACUAGGCUCCUUGCUGGGAACCAUGCUUAAAAUCGAUACCCACACCACCGUUCACUCCAGAGGCAAGUUCGCAAGAAUCUGCGUUGAAAUUGACCUAAGUCAGAAAUUGUCACCUACAGUAACAGCUCUUGGAACUGAAUGCAAACUGGAAUAUGAGGGACUCCACUCAAUUUGUUUUGAGUGUGGGCGAUAUGGGCAUAAGAAGGAAUACUGCCCUGAGAUGAUCGCAAUGAAUACUAUGCCUCUGAAACCCAAGGUGGACGAAUAUACACCAAAGACACAUGAGCAAGUGCAGGCAACCACUGGUCAAGGAAACUUGGAGGGAGGUAACCAAAUGACCGAGAACUCCACCUGCUUUGGUCCUUGGAUGUUGGCCAAAAAGGCACCCAAACGCAGAACCCCAAAACCUAAUAACCAGGGGAAAGAGGAAACAAGGAAAGGAUCAAGAUACGAUGUCCUUCACGAGGAGUCUAACACUGAGACCAGAAAUCAAGAGGAGUCACCAAUGCAAGGAGUAGAGGAUACUGAUGAGAAAAGCCACAAGCCACAGAUUCAUGCUGCAAAGCAAUCCAAAAACUCUGGAAAGAGUCAACACUCGAAGACAACACCUCAGGUGAAGAAGAAGCCAACUGGAAAGCAAAACAAAGAAAAUGUCUCUCCCAACCCUGGAAUUCUGACCUCAACAGCUGAGCAGAGCCAGCCUAAUGGCAAUGCGAUAAGUAAACAGGUCACAGAAAGGAAAGACUGGUCUCAGUCAAUGACGAAAGUCCAAGCAGAUUUAGGUGAUAAGUUUCUGGAUGCUGCAUCAGAUAGUAUUGAAACGCCUUCACAAAUCCUUGACACCUCUGAGGAGGAACUCAAGCUGAUUCAGACCUUCCUCCAAAAGAAAGGGCUCAAAGAAUUGCUUCUUUUGCUUGAUAUACAUGACAUAUCCCAAGGGGAUGUUCAUAUGUUGGUGGAUACCAAGGAUCCCUCUUCAUAG